UUCCGUCCCGCAUCUCAAACGAAACCACACGUAUAUCUAGAUAAUCGCGAUGGCCGAUGUCUGGAGCGGUAAAAUCGUGCUACCAGAUAAUAAUGCCAUCAUCGAAAUCAGCCUUGCGUCGCAAAACUUCGCGUCUUCACCUACCCUUCCUGCUACGUCUCUACACUUCCUAACCACCGUCGAUACCUCCAAAAUACCGCUGUAUCUUGCCGCUGGACCCAGCCUAGAUGUGUGGACAACAGAAGAAGCGACUCAAGCUUGGUUCGAGUCGAUAUUGUUGAGCAAUCCCCCACCGGGAAAAACGACCAGCCAUGAUGUAAGACAGUGGUGGGACCUGGCGCGCUCGCAAUCGCCAAUUGGCAUUCUUGUACAAGUUCAAAGAGGCGAAGAAGAAGAUGUGCAUAGGCCGAGAGUGACUGAGAUACUUUUCUAUGGCACUAUUGCUGCUUCGUCAACAAGCGAGCUACCAACACCACCGUCCUCUUCGCCUUAUGUCGAUAAUGCGCACGGCGAGGUCCUGCCUGAGCUCCGAGUACACGCUCUACCCCUAUCGUCCGAUUUGCUGCACACUACUGUCGACAUUGCAGGCGACGCCGAACCGCAUUUCCUCCCGCCAAUACACAACUCCCAUGUCCUCUUAAAAUCACCGAAACGCAACCGCGACCUCUUCGAAGAAGCUACCAUCCAAUACAAGAAAGCACGGGGCCGAGGCGGACGCGCAGUUUCCGCAGCCGCAGCCCGUGUCAGCGAGUCCCAGAACGUAUACACCCACCGCAAAUCCUCCCUCUCCAUCGAUACAAAAGCCUCGUCCUAUCCAGACUCCAGACCACCGUCUGCGUCCGACCACUUAUCUCGACCUACAUCGCACCGCAUCUCUCGAUCGCCAAGCCUCUCGUCCGAUACAAGACCGCUGAGUCGCAAGGGAUUGCCAGAAGCUCAUGCCAGACGGAGCAAUUUGUCACAGGUCGCGACAGUCCCCAUACAGCCCGAAGAGCCAACAACAGAGUCGCGGAACAAGGAUGCACUUGUGAAAGUGGUCAUGGCCGCAAUGCGCAUGCAUGGGCUGCAGCAGCGGAAGCAGAAUAGAUCGCGUCGUGCCUCUGCAGCUGGUGCAGAAGAAAGCCAACAGUUGAGCGAGGAGGCUGCAGCUGAGGAGGCUGCGAAGGAUGACGAGUACAAACUCAUCUACCAUCAGACCUACAAAGGCGCUGCACUGGCAUUGCGCAAACACAUGUCCACUGUCCCCCUCCAUGCCACCCCCGACAAAAUGCGUGACAUUGUCGAGAAGCUACUUACGCUCUUCCUUUCCGAUCCGCUCGCUGAACCGGAACCGGUGCCGGUUCCUGUGGAAUCAGUGGCGACGCCUGGUGACAGGUCGAGAAUUGGCCUUUUCGGGUCUGCGCACGGCCAUGCUAGUCCGUUUGAUCUGCCGAGUACGCAGAGGAGGCCGGGGAUGAUGAGAGCUGUUACUGAUAGUCAUGUGUACACAGGGAGCCCAGUGAGUAAGAAGAGGGUCAGUACUGGCGCAGGGCAGACGUUGGGCGUGCCGGAGUGAGGUGCUGCGCCACUGGAGCAUGCUAGGUGGACCGACUCAGCACGGCAGGCAAUUAUGACAGAUCAUGUUGCGGAUCAGACACGAGCUGUCGAUAUAUCGCGCUUCGUUUGGAGGCAGCGCUUCUGCACGUUUCCUUUCUCGGCACUGCUUGCUGCUCGUGUCACAAUCAGUCAGCAUCAUCAACCCACGCAAAGCGGAAUGUCGACAAAUUUGAUGCUUCGACGCCAUACCCGGCGUGCAGCACUGAAUUACGCGCCC